UAUCCUAUCUCAUUCUCACACUACGUAGUUUACUACAUACAACUACAACUACACACAACUACAACUACAACUACAACUACAUCUACAACUACAUCUACAUCUACACAUACUGCUCAAUGAACUACCCCCGCAUCACAAUCGAAUAUUGCACCCAGUGCAAAUGGAUGCUUCGGGCCGCCUACUUCGCUCAAGAACUCCUCUCCACCUUCGGAACGAGUAUAGGCGAGAUAGCCCUCAUCCCAGCCACGGGGGGUAAAUUCACCGUGACCAUCUACGAGUCCGCCGAGGAGGUCAAGGAGACGCGCUUGUGGGAUCGGAAGGAGAGGGGGGGGUUCCCUGAAGUCAAGGUUCUUAAAGGGCUGGUCAGGAAUGUGAUUGACCCGGGGAGAGAUCUGGGACAUACGGAUCGGGCGCUGACUGCUACUGCUACUGCUACUGCUACUGCUACUACUGGGGAUAUUACUACUACUACUACUACUGCUGCCUCUGAAUGUCAGGAUUGUCAAAUCUAGAAAAAAAAAAAAAAAAAAAAAACAUCCAAAAGUAUCCAAAAGUAUCCAAGAAGCGGGCAAAAAAGUACCAAAGCCCUAGAGAAGAUAAAACGCCCAGUAAGUCAUUCCUCGUCAGAUCCU